AUGGCAGGCGCCGGCGGCGGCGGCUGGAGGUCGUGGGCGGAGCGGUACAAGCCGGGCGUGGCGAUGGUGCUGGUGCAGCUGUUCUACUCGCUGGUGGACAUGGCACUCAAGACGGCAUACGGGCUCGGCAUGCGCCCCAUCGUCUUCGUCGCCUACCGGCAGGGCAUCGCCGCCGCCGCGCUCUUCCUCGGCUCCCUCGCCACCAGAGGGUUCACGCUGCGCCCCAUGGCCGUCGGCUCCCGGGCCUUCGCCCUCCUCUUCGUCGCCUCCCUCGCCACCGCGACGGGGCAGUACUGCUACUUCAUGGGGCUGCAUCUGGCGUCGCCGUCGAUGGCCAGGGCGACCACCAAUCUCGCCCCCGGCAUCACGUUCGCCAUCGCCGCCGUCAUCGGGUUGGAGAAGGUGGAUUUGAGGAGUUCAAGAAGCAUCGCAAAGAUCGUCGGCACCAUCGUCUGCCUCGCCGGAGCAAUGCUCAUGGCGUUCUUCAAGGGGCCGAAGCUUCUCGGCGCGCUCGUUACCGACGACUGGGUGAUCGGAGGAAUGUACCUCAUGGGGAACGCCAUCUGUUUCUCCAUCUGGUACAUCUUGCAGGUGCCCAUCUGUAAAUACUACCUUGAUCCAUUGUCCUUGGCGACUUGGAUGUGCUUCCUGGCGACCUUGCAAUGCAUGGUGAUGGCAUUCUUCCUAGAAGAAAACUACUUACAGAUCUGGAAGCUUGCUUCAAUAUGGGAGCUUCCCUGCAUCCUAUACGGAGGUGUUUUUGCCUCGGGCGCAAACUUUUUUAUGCAAUCUUGGUGCAUAGCGGUGAAAGGUCCUCUUUAUAGCGCAAUAUUUACGCCACUCAGCGCAGUGAUCACGACAAUAUUGUCUACGCUCUUCCUUCACGAAGAACUCCAUAUUGGCAGCGUAUUAGGUGCUAUCACCAUCAUCUUCGGACUGUAUGUAGUGCUGUGGGGUAAAGCAGAUGAUGUAAAGAGCGAGAGGCUGGCCAUACGUUGUACUGACCCCGAGAGCAUUGUAGAGCAAGAUAGUAUCGGUGUAAAAAUAGAGAGUGAGACAAACCUUUCAGAACCAUUGUUAUCUGAAAACGGGAGCCUUGAUACUUCAACAUGCCAAUGAUAUUGCAGUAUUUUGAAA